AGUGGGCGAUAAUAGAUUUUAUUGAUUUUUUGUUCUAUUCUUUCUCCACUUUUGCAGACAUCGUGUCAAAAAGUGGAAAAAAUAUGGGAUGAAAAUGAGAAUCAACAAAUAUUUUUCAGAUAUUUCUUUUUUUGACUUUGUACUAAGCCAAAUACUUACGUUUAAGGAGGUUUUAUGCAAAGUGUGCAAAGUAAGAAAAAUUGUCGGAGCCUCGGUUUCAAACACAAAAACAGAAUAGAUGUUGUCUAACUAGCCAACGUUAGAAUUUGCUUUGAUGAGCUUCUGAGACACUUUAUCCUCAAAUGUAAUCAGAAAAUUUUAUUUUAUGAUUUUUUAUAAUUAUGUCCUUUUUAUAUGUAUCUAACCAGUGGUUUAAAUUUCCUAAUUGAAUUUCUUGUCAUGAAAAAGUGAAAAUGGGUUCAGGAAAUAAAGAAAAAGAUAUGCUCAACAUUUUAGUCAAUAACUUGUAUAUUACUGCAUUAUUUGUUGCUCUUUUGUGUACACAAUGUACAUCUGAAGAAUGUGUAAAAGUUUCGGACUGUAGCUGUAGAACCAGUAAAGGUCAAAUAGAGCUGACUGACCAAAUUUAUUCAGUUGAUGCUCAAGACAAAGCUCGUUACAAGUACAGUCCAUGCAAGACCUUUUCUGAUCCUACAGGCUCAACGUCUGAGUGUAAAGACGUUGCGGCAUGCCAGGAAGUUUCAAGUCCAGAAAUUCCUCCAACUAUAACUUACUACAAAGUGGGAGACUUGAAAACUGCAAAAUUUCAGGGAGAGCCAGGGCAAAACUUAGAAGUUCAAUAUACAGGCUCAGGAACGAGGCAAACAUUUGUGACAUUAGUUUGUGGAACAGGUGAUGAUGAGUUUAAAGGUAAAGGAGAAGAUCCACUUGGAAGUGCAAAAUAUUAUUUUACUCUGACAACUAAAGCUGCAUGUUAUCCACAGCAGGGGACCCCUAGUGGCCUGAGUCCUGGAUCUGUCAUGUUGAUUCUGCUUCUGGUAGCUGUUAUAGUUUACCUGGUGGGUGGAAUCUUAAUAUUGAGGUUCAUACGUGGAGCAACAGGUGUAGAGAUGAUACCCA